UGAUGCGCCGUGGCAGAUGACGUUUUCCCGCCCCAGCGGCGCUGCGGGGCGUUAGGGGGGCGCCGGGGCAGAGGAUGGGGCCGUCUCUGAGGGCAUUUCCCGCCUUCAGGGCGGGCUCCGGGCGCCCAGGGCGGCGGGGACAGCUGCAUCCCCGCGGGCUGGCUUCCGGGCCGCUGCAGAUUGUCGGCUCGUCGGGGCUACCGUCUGCAUGUGAAAUACGUGGGUUGUACCUAACACCCCAGACCUGCUGCCUGACGGCCACAGCCUAGUGAACCCCCCAGCCAACAUGCACGGUGUGUUCUGUGUUACGUGCCUGUCCCACACGGAUACCUGAGAGUACUGAGGGAGCUGGCAGAGGAGCUUGUCAAACCCCUCUCCAUGAUUUAUCAGCAGUCCUGGUUAACAGGGGAGGUCCCAGACGACUGGAGGCUUGCUGACGUGACACCCAUCUACAAGAAGGGCCAGAAGAAGAAUCCAGGGAACUACAGGCCUGUCAGCUUGACCUCGGUGCCGGAGAAGAUUAUGGAGAGGUUCAUCUUGAGUGAGCUCACCAGGCAUGUGCAGGACAACCAGGGGGUCAGGCCUAGCCAGCAUGGCUUCAUGAAAGGCAGGUACUGCCUGACCAACUUGAUCUCAUUCUAUGACCAGGUGACCUGCCUUAGUGGAUGAGGGAGAGGCUGUGGAUGUUGUCUACCUGGACUUUGGCAAAGCCUUUGACACUGUCUCCCACAGCAUCCUCCUAGAGAAGCUGAAGGCUCACGGCUUAGACAGGGUUCAUCAGUCAUGGCACGAAGGGCCUUGAAACUUGCCUCGUUGGUGGCAGCCACUUCUGGCAUCUAUCUGUAUGGCAACAAGUUCCUGGAUCCCAAUGAUUUUGGAGUUGUUCGUGUGGGCCGAGCCAUUGCCACAACAGCAGUUAUCACCUAUGACUACCUCACCUCCCUUCGGAGCGUCCCAUACGGAUCCGAAGAGUAUGACUUCCUCAAAUCACAGGUGCAUCUACGCUCUGCUGAGCGCCUCCGGGAGCUGUGCUGUGCCAACCGAGGCACCUUCAUCAAGGUGGGACAGCACCUGGGAGCGCUUGACUACCUGCUGCCUGAGGAGUACACCCGCACCCUCAAAGUGCUGCACAGCCAGGCCCCACAGAGCACCAGGCAGGAGAUUGAGCAAGUCAUCCGUGAGGAUCUGGGCAAAGAGAUAAAAGAGCUCUUCGUGAGUUUUGAGGACACUCCCUUGGGAGCAGCAUCACUAGCCCAGGUGCACAAGGCAGUGCUGCAGGAUGGGAGAACGGUGGCAGUGAAAAUUCAGCACCCAAAGGUCCAAGCUCAGAGCUCCAAGGAUAUUUUGCUCAUGGAGGUUCUCCUCUUGGUUGUGAAGCAGAUCUUUCCAGAUUUUGAGUUCAUGUGGCUGGUGGAGGAAGCUAAGAAGAAUCUUCCUUUGGAGCUGGAUUUCCUCAAUGAAGGCAGAAAUGCUGAGAAGGUUGCUCAUAUGCUCAGGAACUUUGACUUCCUGAAGGUCCCCAGGAUCUACUGGGAGCUCUCAACAAGGCGCGUCCUUCUCAUGGAGUUUAUGGAAGGGGGACAGGUGAACGACAGGGCCUACAUGGAGAGGAAUGGCAUCAAUGUCAAUGAGAUUUCUCGCAACCUGGGGAAGCUCUACAGCGAAAUGAUCUUUGUGAACGGUUUUGUGCACUGUGACCCACACCCAGGCAACGUGCUAGUGAAGAAAUGCCCAGCUUCUGGCAAGGCCCACAUUAUCCUCCUGGACCAUGGACUCUACCAGGUGCUGAGCGAGUCAUUCCGCAUGGACUACUGCCGCCUUUGGCAGGCCCUCAUCAAGGCUGAUAUGAAAAGGGUGCAGAAGUACAGCCGGCGGCUCGGGGCAGGGGAUUUGUAUCCUCUCUUUGCCUGCAUGCUCACCGCCAGGUCCUGGGAGUCUGUCAACAGGGGUAUUGACCGGUCACCAGUCUCAGCCACCGAGGAUGUGGAGAUCCGGUCCAAUGCUGCUGCUUACCUACCCCAGAUCACCCAGCUCCUCAACAACGUCCCCCGCCAGAUGCUGCUGCUGCUGAAGACCAAUGACUUGUUAAGGGGGAUUGAGUCAGCCCUGCACACACGGGCCAACGCCAGCUCCUUCCUCAACAUGUCUCGCUGUUGCAUCAGAGCUGUUUCCACGUACCAGAGGAGCAAGAGUCACUCGCUUUACAGAAGGGCUCAGAUCUCACUCACAGAAGCCCUAAGCCUGUGGCAGAUCAACUUGUAUGAACUCUUCCUGUGGCUGAAGGGGUCCCAGCUGGGGAACUGGGUCAUUGCUCUCCUGAGCCGGAUGCACCAUUCCACGUACUGAUAUGAACUGGUGGGAGACACCUGGGUGCUCCCUCCCUCCCUUCUGCUCUCCGUGGCACAUUUGCCUUUCUUACUGUUUCUGUCUAUUCUGUGGGCUAUUUCUGGGUCUUGUCCAUGUUACAUGCCACACGGUGCUUGCUUGUUACAGCAUUAACUUUCUCUGUGUUGCUGAGUGGAGUUGGCACUGGGAACUCUGCCAUUACGUGGUUUAGGAGAAAAGGUGUGGGAUACCAUGUGUCAGAAAGAGCAGGGCACUUUCUUUCCCCCUCUGAGCAGGGGAAAUUCCACUCAGAUUCCAGCGGGACUGCACUGGAAGCAAAAGUCUCUCCUUGGCUCUUUCCUAAACAAUCUUACAGAAUUUAAGAGAAUCCCAACCCUGCCUGGAAUGCCCCAAAACAUUUCUGAGUCCCUCAGAGAGAGGUGGUAAGUCCCUUUAAAAUCCAAUAGGGUUUAUAUUAGUUUUUGCAGUCUCCUUAGUCUGAUUUCUGUUCAGGUGUACAGAGGGUUUCUCAGAGGAGUGAGACCUUGGGGAGAGCUGGCACUAGGACUUCCUCUCCCAGUACCAGGGAAAGUGAACCCUGAUGGUGAGAGUGGUGGACUGAGAGUGCAGCUUUCUGAGGUUUGUCUCUAGUCCUGUCAGCAAGUGCUUCUGAAUUUUUGGACUUUUCCUGGCUUGUUUCCUUGCAGGUGAAAUGGGGAAAGGAGACAGUGGUCCUGACUCUUUUCCAAAAUUCAGGGAAGGCAGGAAGAAUGACAGCUCAGGGCUCUGAAACUGCUGGUGAUGUAUGUGUACUGCACAGUACUGCCGCACAGCAAAAUAAAUGUGUUGUAUCAAAGAC